UUUCACCCACCCAUGAAUCCCAAAAUAUCCUCACCGCUUUAAAACUCCUCUCUCUCUCUCUCUCUCUCUCUCUAUCCUUGAACCCAUUGAAUGAUUCGAACCAAACAGUCCGGAUCCUUAAAACAAAUCUCCACCAUCCAUCUUUUAAUCCAACGGUGAUGGUAAGUCGGCGAUUCGGUUUCCCCUUAUGUUUCUAUCUCUCUCUGUCAUAAACCCUAGCCAGCCCCCACGAUAAGAUAGACAGAAACACACACAAACACACUCCCUCCCUCCCUCUUUCUUGCAAACGUCUCUUUUAGUUUUUUUUUUUUUCAAGAAAAAUUCAGUUUUUUUAAAGAAAAACCAUCUUUUCUCUCAACCCAGAUCUUUUUUUUUUUUUUAAGAUUUUCUCAGUGCUUGUAAACAAGUUGUUGGAUUUUGUUUUUUGUUUUUUUAUGUUUUAGGAAUCUUAAUCGACUAGGUUCUGUAUCUUUAGCGGGUUUUUUUUAAAAAAAAAUUGUGUGGUUACGAUAUUGUUUUUUUAGACCAUAGUGUGUGUCGAUUGCUUAUGUGCGUGGGUUUGAUUCCGAGUUAACCCAGUUUCUUUUGAUGGCUCAGUGAGUCGUUUUCAUAGAUCUGAACUCGUGGAGCGUCCAUGACAGUUUUAGUUCCUCCCCCCGCUUUAUUUGGACUGUGAACCACGUGGCAGGGAGAACCGAGUCUCUUUACCAGUAGGGUAGUGAGUGAAUUUGGUGACUCUUUGGUUAGUUGACUCGGUGAGUCGAGGAGCGAGAAGUCUCGGGUGGGUCUGAACGGGUCUGGGCGGCGAGGAUGCCGUCGGUGGGGUUGCGAAGGACGACGAGGGUGUUUAGCGUGGUUAAAGGUGUCGAUGGAGCCCGGGUUCUGCGGUCUGGGCGGCGUUUAUGGCCAGAAUCCGGUGAUGGAAAGCUCAGGAGAAGCAGUGAUGGAGACGAGUUGUAUCAGACAAUAAUCAAGAACACCAACAACCAUAUCAAGAAUCAAAAUAGCAGUAGUAAUCUUAAGUACAAGGAGAAUAAUGGGUGGACCCAUGAUGUUAAACUGAAAAAAGAUCGAGGUAUUGUCAUUGCCAUUGCAGCUCCAAAGAAAAUUAAGAGGGUAAAGAGUGAGAAGGAGAAAUUUGGGAUUGUUUAUAGUAGGAAAAGGAAGAGACUUGGUGGUGAGAAGAGCGAAAACCCCGAGGAUAAAAAGUUUGGGAUUCAGUUUUCACGUAGGCAGCGAAGGAGGAAGGGCAGUGAGAACCUGGAGAGUCUUGUGUGUACUCCUCAGCUUGUCGCCUUAGUUGAGGGUUGUAGUAGUAGUAAUGGUUGGUUGUCUUGUUUUUUGAGUUCAGUUUUGGGGCAUGCCAUGAGAGUCAGUUUGAGUCUUUCUGAGCUUGCUGAUUUUCUCUUGUCGGAUCCAAUUAGCAGUGUUUUUGCCUCAAAUGGACUACAUUUUGUGCGGGACCUUCCAUCUGAUAGAAUUGGAAUUUGCAAGUUUUUCGAGACUAGGCAGCUUCGGCCGAUGUUUUCUGUGGAUUUUUCUGCAAUCCCUUCAUGUUUUGCGUUCAUGCAUCUCAGUUUGUUUGUUAAGUUUAGAUGUCUGUCUCUUAUACCUGUAAAUAACUCGGUGGAUGGGGAUGAUGAUGAUGAUGAUGAAAUGAUGAGUGAAAGUAAAGGAGAUCAAUCAUGCACGUCCACAAAGACUGAUUUCACUCAGAAAAUUACAGUUGUGCCCAAAACUGAUAGUUAUGGGUGUAGGGUGGUGUUACAUCCAUCUGUUAGAGCUUCCAAGUUGACUGGUCGAAACACCCAGCACAGAAAUGGAUUAAAUUCCCGUGGUAUUCAGAAAAGGAGGAGCUCACUCAGGAGAGGGAGACCUAGAAAUUCUUCCAUAGGUGGCUUGCACAAAGCUAAUGGUGCUCUAGUUUCUGAUUUAAUUAGUAGUAGGAAAAUUGGCAUCCCUUUCUCCUCUGUUGUGUCUACGGAAAAGUUUAGAAGGUCAAUUCAAAGUAGCCCUGCAGCAAGCAUCAAAGAACUGAAUUAUGCUGCAGUUGGAGUAAAGAAGGGCUUGAACCUAUCUAGCUGCUCUGCAAAUAUACUGAUUACUGAAACAGACAGAUGUUAUAGGAUAGAAGGGGCCACUGUCAUGUUAGAAUUUACUGAUUCAAAGGAGUGGGUGCUUGUGGUUAAGAAAAAUGGGUUAACUCGAUACUCUCACCUGGCUCAGAAAAUUAUGAGGACUUGUGUUUCGAACCGUUUCACUCAUGAUAUAAUUUGGAAUGGGGAUGACAACUGGAAACUAGAAUUCCCAAACAGACAGGACUGGUUCAUUUUCAAGGAAUUGUACAAGGAAUGCUCUGAUCGCAAUGUUCCUGCUUCUGUUUCAAAGGCCAUACCUGUCCCUGGAGUAAGGGGAGUGUUAGACAAUGAUGGUUGUGGGAGUGCUCCCUUUUCUAGACCAUAUGCAUACAUCUCUUCUAAUAAUGAUGAGGUAGCUAGAGCUUUGUCAAGGAGCACGGCAAGUUAUGACAUGGAUUCUGAAGAUGAGGAAUGGCUUAAGAAGUAUAAUAAAGAGUUUUUAGCAGAAUCUGAUCAUCUUUCGGAGGAUAACUUUGAGUUGAUGAUCGAUGCCCUUGAGAAGUCAUAUUUCUGUGAUCCAGAUGACUUCACUGAUGAGAGUGCAGCAGCGAAAUAUUGUAAGGAUUUUGGUAGAAGGGAAUUGGCUAAAGCUGUGUAUGGUUACUGGAUGAAAAAACGGAAGCAGAAACGAUCACCACUGCUUCGGGUUUUUCAGGGACAUCAAGCAAAGAAAACCCCACUGAUUCCAAAACCUGUACUGCGUAAGAGAAGGUCAUUCAAACGACCUCCCAGUCAGUUUGGAAGAGGCAAGCAACCAAGUCUAUUGCAAGCAAUGGCAGCUGAAAAAGAUGCUUUGCAUAGAGCCUUGCAUAAAGUUGAAGAAGCCAGAAAUUCAGUGAAAAGAUCUGUAGAAGCCGCCAUGCUCAAGCGUCAAAAGGCACAGUUGCUCAUGAAGAAUGCAGAUUUGGCAACCUUCAAAGCUGCAAUGGCGCUUAAAAUUGCUGAAGCUGCUCUUGCUGCCAGCUCAACAGAUGUCGCUGUCACUCACUUUUGCGAUUGAUUGGUAAUGGGUAUCCCUGUUGCUACCACUAAUUGAGUUGGACCAAUAAUUACUGCCGGAAGGAUUACAUCCCAUGGGUGUUUUUGAUGCCUUUGGAGGACAAUGCUAGGUAUUGUAAUUUUGUAUAGAUUUGAUUGAAUGUACAUUCUGUAUUAGUAAAACCUCACACCAAAUGUUUUCACAAGGCACUUUGUUUGAUGUCCUUGGAAAAAAAAUUUGGGAAAAAAUGAAAAUUUAUCGGGAAAAGAUUUACCCUA